AUGGACUUUCAAGCGGCAACAGAUGCAAUAAAAUGCCGCGCCUUCCAGAUCGCGCUUACCAGCAGCGCGCGCCUGUGGUAUCGGAGACUGCCGGCUAGGUCGAUCUCGACCUACUCUCAGCUGAGAAAGGAAAUCAUUAGUCAAUUCUCUUCUCGGCAUUACGAUAGAAAGACAGCGACUCACCUUGCUACCAUUAGACAGAAGGAAGGUGAGACGCUGAGAGAGUAUGUCACAAGGUUCCAAGAGGAGCAGCUGAAGGUCGCACACUGCUCCGAUGAUUCGGCCAUGUGCUACUUCCUCACCGGCCUGGCCGAUGAGACCCUCACCGUGAAACUCGGAGAGGAGGCUCCAGCAACCUUCGCUGAAGUUCUGAAAAAGGCAAAGAAAGUCAUUGAUGGGCAAGAGCUCCUCCGAACCAAAACUGGCCGACCUGAGAGGCAGAUCGACCAGAAGAAACUAAACCAAGAGAAGAGGAAGGCUGAUUCUAAGUCUAAAGACAAGGGAUCGUCCUCUUCCGUCAGCAGAACCGAGUACCGUAGGUCGGAGAGCGGCCCCAGCAGGAGCCGACCUUAUGAACGGUACACCUCAACCACCAUCCCCAUCUCCGAGAUACUCACAAACAUCGAGGAAAGCGGGAUGGAAAAGCUCCUCAAGCGACCUGAAAAGCUCCGAGGAGACCUAGAAAAGCGCAACAAAGAUAAAUACUGCCGUUUUCAUCGCGAUCACGGCCAUAACACGACGAGUUGCUGGGAACUGAAGCGCCAGAUUGAAGACCUCAUUCAAGAUGACUAUUUCAAAAAUGGGGGCCAAUCUGGAAACAAAAGGAAGAAACUAGCUCGCGAGGCCAGACGCGAGGUAUGCAUCAUUAGGGAGCAGAAGCCUACUUGCUACAUUGCCUUCAGUGAUUCCGACCUGGAGGGAGUUCAUUUGCCUCAUAAUGAUGCACUUGUGAUCGCUCCUCUCAUUGAUCACGUCUUUGUCCGAAGAGUACUGGUAGAUGGAUGUGCAUCUGCCAAUAUCUUGUCCCUUCCAACAUAUCUAGCAUUGGGGUGGACCAGGCCACAGCUGAAAAAGAGUCCAACACCCUUUGUUGGAUUCUCUGGAGAAUCGGUCUCCCCAGAAGGGUGUAUCGACCUACCGGUCACGAUCGGACAAGAUGCUACCCAAGUAACGCAGAUGGCUGAGUUCGUAGUGAUCGAUGGCAGGUCGGCUUACAACGCCAUCUUCGGGAGACCCAUCAUCCACUCAUUCUGGGCCGUCCCUUCCACACUGCAUUAA